AUGCCUUCCCACAAGUCUUUCCGCACCAAGCAGAAGCUGGCCAAGGCCCAGAAGCAGAACCGUCCCAUCCCCCAGUGGAUCCGUCUGCGCACCAACAACACCAUCAGAUACAACGCCAAGAGACGUCACUGGCGCAAGACCCGCAUCGGUAUCUAA